AUGCCCCAAAAGCUUAUUCUCGAUACAGACCCGGGGGUGGACGACGUCCUGGCCAUCCUCUUGUCCCUAUCCUCCCCUGAAUUACAGGUAGUCCUAAUUUCAAUCGUAUUCGGUAACACCCAUGCACCCGUAGCUCACAGCAACCUCUUGAAGAUCUAUCAUAGCUUGUCAAAGGAGAUCGAGCAGAUACCCGACGCCCAAUCGCGAUAUGGUAGAUUGGCUGAACCGAAUCAGAAGACCAUGCUGGCGUUGGGUGAGGACGGACCGAUUGGUGGAGAGAAGGCUGUCGCGGCGUACUUUCACGGCCCAGAUGGUCUAUCCAACAUCACCGAGACCCACCCUCACUUCACGCCUCCCAAACUUGAUCCUUCCACCCCACACGAACAUCUGGAGAUCUCCACGAAACCCUCAUACGAAGUCAUGCUUGAUAUCUUGAGACAGGAGGAAGAUGAUUCAGUGGUUAUCGUUGCGUUGGGACCAUUGACCAACCUUGCUCAUGCUCUGCGUACCGACCCUCAAACCUUCUCCAAAGUUUCUCGAAUUGUAUGGAUGGGCGGCGCGUUAGACCACCCAGGUAAUACCUCCGCUACAGCCGAAUUCAACUGUUUCGCCGACCCCUUCGCCGCCUCUGAAAUCCUCGAAGGAAGUAAAGCCGGUUUAUUCGAACUUAUCCUCGCUCCACUGGACAUUACUACUCCUCAUGCAAUACCAUUCUCCGACCUGAUCCAUCCCUCUGUAGUUAAAAUCCCAAAUUCGAAAGGUGAACUCGUCGAGACCGACGAAGAGCCUACUCCACUUCAGGCAUUCGUCUCAGCGAUGUUAGUAAGAGUGAGGGGUUUGCAAGCUUCUUUCGGAUUAGAAGAUUCGAUGGAAAUGCACGAUCCAGUUGCAGUAUGGUAUGCUUUAGCUCAUGCAAUGCAGACACGAAACUCUCCUCCGUUAGAAGGGUGGAAGGUGGUACAGAGGGAAUUCAAAAUUGAGAGAAUAGGUGAAUUGACUAGAGGGAUGUGCGUUACGGAUAGGCGAGGUACGGGAGAAUCAAAUAAUACAGAUAGAUCGAAAGAUGAAGAUCUUAAAUCAUUCGGGAUUGGUAAGAAGGAUGAAGAGACUGGACGAAUGGGUGAGAAGAUCCCUAAAGCCAAACAGCUUCCUUGGGUGAUUACCAAGACUCCUGGGAUAGAUGAGUUAAGGAGAGUUCUGUUAGGUAGAGUGUUUGGUACAAAGGUUGAUGAAUAG